AUGACAUCCCAAGCCCGCUAUUAUGUUAAGCCGACGGACGCCCAGACGUUUGCGCAGGCCGUCUUAAGCAAAGCCGGUUUGCCUCGGGAUCACGCCAAGCUCAUGGCCGAUUGCCUUGUCCAGGCUGAUGUACGAGGAGUAGAUACUCAUGGCCUGGCCAGACUGCAGCAGUACAUGGACCGUGUCUCGACUUCGCUCGUCAAGGCUCAGCCAGAACUCAAAUUUUUAGAGAAGACGCCGGUCGCUGCGCAUCUGGAUGGCGACAAUGGCUUUGGCUUCAUUGUAGCGUCCAAGGCCAUGGAAGAUGCCAUCCGGCGUGCUGAGACCUAUGGCAUUGGCAUCGUCACGGCCAAACAUUCAAACCACUUUGGUAUGGGCGCUACCUAUGUGCUUCAAGCUCUGGAAAAGGGCAUGAUUUCGCUAGUGUUCACAAAUUCAGCCAAGCAAAUGCCGCCCUUUGGAGGCAAAGACACUCUGCUGGGCAUCUCCCCAUUCGCCGCAGGUGCACCAAGUAAGAACGAGGUACCGUACGUUCUCGACAUGGCUCCUUCGGUAGUAGCCAAGGGCAAGAUACGACGAGCAGCACGUCGCGGCGAAAAGAUUCCUCUAGGCUGGGCAUACGACAAGGAUGGAAAGCCCACGGAGGACGCCAAUGAAGCCUUGAAUGGUUCCAUGGCACCCAUUGGCGGUCCCAAGGGGUCGGGUAUCGCCAUCCUGAUGGACGUCAUGUCUGGAGUCUUGUCUGGCGCCGCCUUUGGGGGCGAGGUUGGCGAUCAGUACAAGGAGGCUCGCCCACAGAAUGUGGGACACACUUUCAUUGCAAUCAAGCCAGACAUCUUCAUGUCCUCGGAGGAAUUCCGCUCGCGCAUGGAUACGCUGGUGCAGCGUGUUCACGGUGUGACGCCAGCUGAUGGCUUCAAAGAGGUCCUGUUCCCUGGGGAACCCGAACACCGACUCAGCGUCCAGAGAUCUAGGGAAGGCAUCCCUUUUGCGGAUGCUGAAAAGGACAUGUUUGAAGAAAUUGCAAAGAAGUAUGGCGUUGAACCUCUGCCAAUGUCAACCAGUGCCUACGCAUUGUGA